GUUUUUUUUUCUGAUUUUCACUUUUGGAAAAACUGUAAAACGGAAACAUUUUUGUUUGUUGUUUUUGCUGUAACUUAACAAAAUGAGCUUGUGGGUUGACAAAUAUCGUCCAAAAUCGUUAAAUAAGCUUGAUUACCAUCUCGAACAAGCCGAAAAUUUAAAGAAAUUGGUGGAAAAUGGAGAUUUUCCGCAUCUUUUAUUUUACGGACCGCCUGGCGCUGGCAAGAAGACCCGCAUCAUGUGUUUGUUGCGCGAGGUUUACGGAUCCGGGGUUGAAAAACUGAGGAUUGAGAAACAUAACUUCGUCACUCCUUCUAAGAAGAAACUUGAGAUUGCUGCCUUGUCGAGUAAUUAUCAUAUUGAGGUCACACCGAGUGACGCGGGAAUGCAUGACAGAGUUGUCGUUCAAGAAUUGAUUAAAACUGUCGCCCAAUCCCACCAGCUUGAAAGUAAAGCGCAAAAACGAUUCAAGGUGAUUGUCCUCACUGAGGUUGAUCGACUAACCAGAGAUGCUCAGCAUGCAUUGAGAAGAACCAUGGAGAAGUAUAUGUCAACGUGCAGACUUAUAUUGUAUUGUAAUUCAACCAGCAAGGUUAUCCCAGCCAUCCAAAGUCGUUGUUUAGCCGUUCGUGUCGCGGCACCAAGUAUUGAUGAUGUCAUCAAAAUAUUGACAAGUGUUGGGAAGAAGGAAGGUCAUCCGAUACCACAGGAGCUUGCUAGGAGAAUCGCGGUUGCUUCGAAACGAAACUUACGACGAGCGCUAUUGAUGAGUGAGACAUGCAGGGUGCAACAUGUUCCUUUGACUGACGAUCAAACUAUUAUGGAACCUGACUGGGAGCUUUAUCUGAAAGAAACAGCCAACAUGAUUGUAUCGGAGCAAAGCCCUCGUCGGUUGUUAGAAAUACGGAACCGAGUUUAUGAAUUAUUGACAAAGUGUAUUCCACCCGAUGCUAUUAUGAGGGGUUUAUACAAGGAAUUGAUCCAUAACUGUGACGGAAGUCUCAAACCAGAGUUAAGUCAGCUGGCUGCUGAAUGUGAACAUCGGAGCCAUCUUGGGCAGAAACAUAUUUACCACAUUGAAGCUUUUGUGGCAAAGUUUAUGGCCAUGUAUAAGCAGUUCAUAGAAGAAGGAUUGGACGACAUGUUUUGAUGAGUGGAUGUGGACGGGGUUGUAAUAUUUCCUGCAAGGAGUUGUGUUUGCUUGACACCUAAGCUUGACACAUUUAACAUUUCAUGAACAUUUUUCGUGAAUAUGACGUGUUUGUGAUAUUAUCACGAGAUCACGCGUCAUAUGAAAAGAUUUCAUUUCUUGCCAUGAGCAAGUUUUCAAAUACAUAUUACGACUAAGUGAA